AUGGAGAUUACUUCAGAGCAAGCCCCUGCUGCCGCCACUCCAGAGCCGAUCCUGAACCUGGCGAUACCCAGACCGGUUUCUUGUGUCUCCCAGCUUUCACCCUCCUCUCUGCUAGUUGGGUCAGAUCAUGAAGGGGAUGGUAGUCUUAGAAUAUACGACCUGUCCAAUGGCCGAGUAUGCAAAGCUAUCAGAGGCAUGAAGGAUGAAGUAUCCUCUGUACGCUGUCUUAAAUCCAAAGGUUUCAACUCCGAGGUUGCCUGGGUAGCAAGUGGGACCAGCAUUGCUUGCUUCAGACUCGAUGAUCCCAAGAUGAUACUAUCACUCGACGACGCCCAGGCACAACUUCAGUUGGGCGAGGACGAGGACGACCUAGUAAACGAGCUGGCUUUGAGUCGUAACGGCGCGUAUCUCGCCUUCGGCACAGACGCUGGGACGGUUGGCGUCGUGGAUCUCUCCACGCAGCGAGUGUCUAGAAUGAAAGUCCGGCACGAGAACAUAUGCGGAAGUGUCUCCUUCAUCCCCGACCGUCCGAACGAACUCAUAAGUGGAGGCUACGACUCUGCCGUCCUCCACCACGAUUUCGUUCAAAGAUCUCUCCUCUCAAGAUUCGACAUCGCCGCUACUCCGCCGUCAUCUGGUGUGUCGUUGUCGCCCCCGUUCAUAUUGUCAAUCUCGCUCUCCACAAAUGGUCUCGUUGCUGUCGGAACGGCAGACGGACGGGUAUGGAUAGGCGCAGGCGGUGAGAAAACGCCAUCUGCAGGGAAGAAGAAAAGGAGUAGGAAAUGGGAAGGCCUGAAAGAGGAUGAGGGUCUCUGGAUUAACGUGACGGAGGGACCGGUCGUCGCAGUGACCUUCGUUGAUCCAUGUUCACUUAUGACGUGCACCCUGUUGGGCACUCUUGUGAUGUACUCUCUGACAAGACAAGAGGAGCGUCUUGUCGCCACUCGUCAGUGGGAAAGAGAGUCUAAAGGUCUCUUCAAGGCCAAUACCAUGUCGGUUGAUCAAAAUCACACAGUCGUGGGCGGCUUCGACAAAGAUGGGAAGGGUUUAUUCCAUGUCUGGACUACUAAAUACGCAGCUCUAGCUGUAACUUGA